AACAUUCUGCCUUUUUCAUUUCCCCUGACAGAGCACGAUAAGCACCGUCUAUGCAAGAGCACAGAGUACAUGAACCUUCACUUCAAAGUCAAGUGGUUCCACAAUGAGUACGUCCGCGAACUGGCUGCCUUCAAGGACACACCCCCUGAGUAUUCUCUGUGGUUCGAGCCAUUUGUCAUUCAGUGGCUGUCUGAGAAUGAGGAUGUUGCCAUGGACUUCCUGCACGGAGCUCUAGGGAGCGACAAGAAGCUUGGCUUCCAGCCAACGUCGGAGCAUGUCCUUUUCUCCUGUUCAGUGGUGGAUGUGUUCACUCAGCUCAACCAGAGUUUUGAGAUCAUUAAGAAGCUGGAGUGCCCCAACCCACAGGCCCUGGCUCACUUCAUGUGCCGCUUUGCUAAGACCAUCAACAAAGUUCUGUUGCAAUAUGCUGCAAUCAUAACCAAGGAUUUUGGAUUGUAUCUGAACCAGGAGAAAGUGCCCUGCAUUCUCAUCAACAACAUCCAGCAGCUCAGAGUUCAGCUGGAGAAGAUGUUUGAGUCCAUGGGAGGCAAACAGGAGGAGGGGGCUGUGUCCUUUUGCAAGCUGGAUGCUGAGGCCAGUGAACUACUGAAGGAACUGCAGAACAAACUCAACACCGUGCUGGAUGAGCUCAGUGCAGUCUUCGGCUCCAGUUUCAAGCCGGUGAUUGAGGACUGUGUAAAACAGAUGAACCAGGAGUUAGUCCAGAUGAAGGGGAGUGCUGCAGGGAAGAGCAACGCUGCCAUGGAUGCUGAGACCGUCCUCAGACCACUCAUGGACCUCCUGGAUAAAAAUUUGAUUUUAUUCGCAAAGAUCUGUGAGAAGACGGUGUUGAAACGAGUCCUGAAGGAACUGUGGAAGAUCGUCCUCAACACCAUUGAGAGAAUGAUAGUCUUACCACCUCUCAAUGACCAGAAUCAAGGAGCCCAGAUGAUUUUCAGUGCUGCCAAGGACCUGGGACAGCUAUCCAAACUCAAGGACCAUGUGAUCAGAGAGGAAGCCCGUAGCCUGACACCAAGACAGUGUGCAGCCAUGGACCUUGUCCUUCCCACCAUCAAGCAAUAUUUCCACGCUGGAGGAAACGGUCUGAAGAAGACGUUCCUUGAGAAAAGCCCUGACCUCAAGUCCCUCAAAUACGCUCUGAGCCUUUACACACAGCCUACUGAUGCCUUGAUCAAGAAGUAUAUAUGCACCCAAACCUCUCAAGGUCAGUCUACAGACAGCUCCGUGGGGGAGGUGUCCAUGCAGGUGGAUCUCAUCUCUCACCCUGGCACUGGAGAGCACAAAGUCAACGUGAAGGUGGUGGGGGUCAACAACCUAAGCUGGCAGACCAAUGCCAUGUUCCGACCGUUCGUGGAGGUGAAUGCGGUCGGACCGCACCUCGCCGACAAGAAACGCAAGUUCACCACCAAGACCAAGAACAACAAUUGGUCACCAAAAUACAAUGAAACAUUCCAAUAUAUUCUGAGCAACGAGCACGGUCCAGAGUGUUACGAGCUCCACGUCUCAGUGAAGGACUACUGCUUCGCCAGAGAGGACCGCAUCAUCGGCAUGGCGGUCCUCCAGCUCAGAGAACUGGCCGACCAGGGGAGCUGCUGUGCCUGCUACCCCCUGGUGAAGAGUAUCACCAUGGACGAGACCGGACUCACCAUCAUGAGGAUACUCUCUCAAAGGACCAACGACGAAGUGGCCAAAGAGUUUUGUCGUCUCAAGACAGACACACGCUCUUCAGAGGAGGUGGCCUCCUAGUAUGGAGAUGUGAUGGAGGGAUGGAUGGAAUGAAUGGAUGAUUGCAUGGAAGGGAGUAGAGGAAGGGGGACAAGGGGAAGGAAGGAAGGAAGAUGAAGGCUGACUGAGUUGAGGAGUUAUGUUGUGUGUUUUGGUGCAUGUGCGUAAAACAUCUGUUGGAAUGUUCAUUUUAAACUACAGUAUGUACCAGUGUUUACUUACCGUAUGCUCAAUAUUAAGUACUAUAUUCUACGAGUUAUGUUAACGAGACAUGAAAUACCUUUUUGUACAACAUUUAGAUUUGUUCCGAUAAAGUGCCAAACCAGAGGGAAAAAAGUAUAACAACAACAACAA